AUGGCCAAGCAUAAUGUUGUUUUAUCAUUCCUUGUUUCUUUAUAUUUGACAUCACUAAUUCGCUUGGUGUGUGAUGCCACUAAAACUGGAGAUGAAAGCAGUAAACUUCACAUUGUGUACAUGGGUUCACUUCCAAAGGAAGCCUCAUAUUCCCCAAGAUCUCAUCAUCUCAGCUUGUUGCAACAUGUCAUGGAUGGUAGUGACAUAGAAAAUCUCUUGUUUUUCCAAGCCAAGAGUUUCACCUUCAAACCACAAGGUUUGGGACUUCCUCAGUCAUUCAAAAGAGAUCAAACUAUUGACAGUAGUUUGGUGAUUGUAGUCAUGGAUACCAGAAUAUGGCUAGAAUCUGAAAGUUUCAAUUAUAAAGGUCUUGGUUCGAUUCCAAAAAAGUGGAGGGGAGUUUGUGUUGGUGGUGGUAAUUUUAGUUGCAACAAGAAGAUCUUCGGAGCACGAUUUUACGGUGUUGGAGAUGUGAGUGCAAGAGACAAAUCUGGUCAUGGAAUCCACACAACAUCCAUAGCAGGUGGAGUUGACGUCAUCACUAUCUCUCUUGAUGCCCCUAAUGUCACUGAUUUUUUGAGUGAUUCUAUCGCCAUUGGUUCUUUUCAUGCCAUGGAGAAGGGAAUACUCACAGUGCAGUCUGCAAGAAAUGCUAGCCCUAUCUCAAGUAGUGUUUGUAGUGCAUCACCUUGGUUAUUUACUGUUGCCGCAACUACCAUAGAUCGAAAAUUCAUUGAUAAGAUCAUUCUUGGAAAUGGACAAACAUUUAUUGGGAAGUCAAUUAAUACCAUACCUUCAAAUGGCACAAAAUUUCCAAUAGAUGUGCAUAAUGCUCAAGCUUGCCCAGCUGGAGGAAAUGCAUCCCCUGAAAAGUGUGAUUGCAUGGACAAAAAGAUGGUGAAUGCUGAAAUUUUAAAGAGUGAAAUCUUCCAUGACACCAGUGCUCCAAGAAUAGCCAUUUUCUAUUCUCGUGGCCCAAAUCCUUUGGUUCAAGAAAUUAUGAAACCAGAUAUAAGUGCCCCUGGAGUAGAAAUCUUGGCUGCAUAUUCACCUUUAGUGUCACCCUCAAUGGAUCCGAGUGACAAAAGAAAGGUUAACUACAACAUAUUAUCUAGAACCUCUAUGUCUUGCCCUGAUGCUGCUGGAGUUGCUGGAUAUGUGAAAUCAUUUCAUCCAGAUUGGUCACCUGCAGCUAUCAAAUCUGCUAUCAUGACAACUGCUACACCAGUGAAACGUACUUAUGAUGAUAUGGCAGGUGAGUUUGCUUAUGGAUCAGGAAAUAUCAAUCCAAAACAAGCCAUUCACCCUGUACUUGUUUAUGACAUUACUAAGCAAGAUUAUGUGCAAAUGCUCUGUAAUUAUGGUUACAGUGCUGAAAAAAUUAAACAAAUUAGUGGAGAUAAUUCAAGUUGUCAUGGAACUUCUGAAAGAUUAUUGGUGAAAGAUAUAAAUUAUCCUACUAUUGUGGUUCCAAUACUUAAGCAUUUCCAUGCGAAGGUUCGUAGAACAGUUACAAAUGUUGGCUUUCCCAACUCAACCUACAAGGCAACUCUCAUCCAUCGUAAUCCAGAAAUCAAGAUAAGUGGGGAACCAGAAGUACUAUCCUUCAAAUCGUUAAACGAGGAACAAUCCUUUGCUGUCAGUGUUGUUGCUGGAGAAAAAUCAAAUCAAACUUUGUUUUCCUCCUCCCUUGUUUGGUCAGAUGGUACCCACAAUGUCAAGAGUCCCAUCAUUGUGCAAAUAAUAUCUCUAUAG